GGACUUUCCAACUUUGGCACGGGAAUUAGACUGUAUAAUCCAAGUUGAAAAUGUCUGGUGUUGCUGUUGCUGAUGUUUACAUUGACAGCUCUGUCAAUUUCGAUUCUUUCGGCCUUGACCCUCGUCUGAACCAGGCCAUUAAGCAGUUGGGAUUCAAGAACCCAACGUUGGUCCAAUCAAAGGCCAUUCCAUUGGCCUUGCAGGAGAAGAGGGACAUCAUCGCAAAGGCAUCUACUGGCUCUGGAAAGACGGUGGCCUAUGCAGUUCCAGUGGUGCAGAGCAUACUUGCGCAAAAGAGCAAUUCGAAGGAACAUGAGAUCAAAGCGAUCAUUUUGGUUCCCACCAGAGAGCUAGCCACACAAGUCCAUUCGUUUAUGGGGAAGCUGGUGGCAUUCUGUGGUAAGGAGGUCAAGCUGUUGAACCUAGCCAGUGGUGUGAGUGACUCGGUGCAAACCUCCUUGCUCUUGGAAAACCCAGAGGUUAUAAUCUCCACUCCUUCGAAAUUGAUGUCCUUCUUGGAAAAGAACACAGGCAAUAUCGAGUUGCAAAACCUGACAUAUUUGGUCAUCGAUGAGGUUGAUUUGAUCCUUUCAUAUGGCUACUCAGAUGAUUUGGACAAACUGGCAAACUAUUUGCCCCUGAAGACAUUGCAGACCUUCCUCAUGUCUGCAACACUAAACGAGGACAUUAACGAUUUAAAGGCAAAGUUCUGUCGUUUACCUGCAGUGCUCAAGUUGAACGACGAUGAGCUCAACAACAAGUCUAAACUGGUACAGUACUACGCUAGAACUACAGAAUUUGAUAAGUUCCUUUUGGCCUAUGUCAUUUUCAAACUUCAUCUGAUCAAGGGCAAAACGUUGAUUUUCGUCAACAACAUAGACAGAGGUUACAGACUGAAAUUGUUCUUGGAACAGUUUGGUGUUAAGUCGUGUAUUCUUAAUUCUGAAUUACCUGUCAAUUCUAGACUACACAUUGUCGAUGAAUUCAACAAGAACGUGUACAACUUGUUGAUUGCAACCGACGAUUCGGAUCACAUCAGGGAGGUUGAUGAGGAAGAAGAUGAAGAACAAGAGCAAGAUGAGACAAAGGAACCCAAACAUGUUAAUAUCAAAUCCAAACAGGAUAAGGAGUAUGGUGUAUCUCGUGGUGUUGAUUUCAAAAACGUUGCAUGUGUCUUGAACUUUGACCUUCCAACAACGGCAAAGUCUUAUGUCCACCGUAUUGGUAGAACUGCACGUGCAGGAAAGAGUGGUAUCUCUCUGUCCUUUGUGAUACCUGAUAAGGAAUUUGGCAAACACAAGGUUGCCUCGUUGAAGACUGCUAAGAAGGACGAAAAGAUUCUUCGUCGUAUCUUGAAACAACAGGGUAAAUUGGGGUUUGAAGUCAAGCCAUAUCAAUUUGACAUGAAGCAAGUUGAGGGGUUCCGUUACAGAUCAGAAGAUGCAUUCAGAGCAGUUACCCAAGUGGCUAUCAGAGAAGCCAGGGUGAAGGAGCUGAAGAACGAACUGUUGACCAACGAAAAAUUGAAGAGGCAUUUUGAAGAGAACCCAGAUGACUUAGCAUCUUUGAGACAUGACAAGGAGCUACACUCUGCAAAGGUUCAAACGCAUUUGAAAAGAGUUCCAGAUUAUCUCUUACCUGAAGGUGCGAGAAGCUCAAAGUCGAAUAUUGGAUUCGUUCCAUUCCACAAGAAUAGAGUCAAUAAGAGACGCGGGAAGAAGAAAGGAAACAAGAACGAUCCUCUAAAAACAUUCAGAGCAAAGAAAUAGAGUAUAUAGGCGUGUAUUCAUCAAUCUUCAGAGAAUUGUUC